AAAUAUCUUUAAUAUUUUUGGCUUAUUUUAGAUGAUAAAAUUUGAAAGUAAUAGGUGUCUUAGAUUAUCACUCUUCUUUCUUCUUAAGGUAAAACUUGUUUCUCGAAUUUAAUCCUAUUUGCAAUAUAAAAUACUUGUACUUCCUGUGGGUUUUGUCAACGUUUGAUGUCCAAGUUAAACAUCAAAACAACAAACAAGUUAAAGUUGCCACAAUUUUCAUACCAAAACAGUCAAACAACACAUACAAGCAAUGAAGAACACAGACUAUAUGAUUUACAGUAUUUAUUUGAUUUUGGGGGUCAAGAAGCAAUACUUUCUGAACACAAUAUAUACGGAGAAUAUAUAUAAAGCGAUUGCACAAGCUGCUAGACAUUGUCCAUUCUUUAUUUAUUUUUUGUUGUAAAGAAACAUUUUUUAGAGGAGGAUAUGCUUCAAAGCUGUUUGUCAAACUCAAGGCGUUUCAUUUCCGUGCUUCCAAUUUCAAUUUCAACUACACUUUCAUUCCCAUCAAAGUUAAUCCAUUUUCACUCUUCACACAAAACCAAGAAUGAUCUUCUUGAUUUCUUUGACCACUUACUUCAACAAUGCAACCUUAAUCUUCAACAACUUAAGCAAGUCCAUGCAAAUAUCAUAACAACAAAUUCAUCAAACUCUUCUUUUAUAGCUGCAAGACUCAUAUCCAUUUACUCUAAAUUUGGGUUUGUCAAUGAAGCCCAAAAAGUAUUUAAAGCCUGCCCAAAUGAGUGUUUUUCGAAUUUGCUGUUAUGGAAUUCAAUCUUGAGGGCUAAUGUAUCACAUGGGAACUGUAAAGAAACUAUAAAUCUUUAUAUAAAGAUGCGUGAAUUUGGUAAUUUUGGUGAUGGGUUUGGUUUUCCGUUAAUUAUAAGGGCAUGUGGUAUGUUUGGUGACUGUAAUGUUUGUAGUAUAGUGCAUUGUCAUGUUAUACAAAUGGGUUUUGGAAAUCAUCUUCAUGUUGGAAAUGAAUUGAUGAAUAUGUAUGGGAAGAUUGGGCGAAUGGAUAUUGCACGUAAAGUGUUUGAUAGAAUGUCUGUGAGAACUCAAAUAUCGUGGAACAUUAUAGUUUCAGGUUUUUCGCAGAACUUUGAGUGUGAUGCUGCUUACGAGACGUUUUUGCUGAUGGAAACUGAGGGGUUUGAACCCAAUUCUGUAACUUGGACGUCGUUGUUAUCUAGUUUUGCUAGGUGUAGACGUUACGAGGAUUCGUGGAAAGUUUAUGUUUUGAUGAGAAAGAAACGAGUUGAAGCUACUGCUGAGGCAAUUGCUGUAGUUAUAUCGGUUUGUGUUGGUGACGAUGCGAUUGAUAAGUGUGAGGCAUUGCACGGAUAUGUUAUCAAGGGGGGAUUUGAAAAUAAUUCUAUUGUGAUAAACUCAUUAAUGUGUAUGUAUGGGAAAAAUGGUGCUGUCAAACAGGCUGAGUGUCUGUUUUCCGGGUUGCAAUUGAAGACUAUAGUGAGCUGGAACUCUUUAAUAUCUUGUUAUGCAGAAUCAGGUUUAUGUAACGAGGCCUAUUCUUUAUUUUUGCAGUUACAAGAGUUGGAUGAUCCAACGAUGAAACCUAACGUCAUAAGUUGGAGCGCUGUUACAGGGGCAUUUGCUAUGGCCGAGAGGCAUGAGGAAUCUUUAGAAAUCUUUCGAAGUAUGCAAGUUGCUAGAGUACUGGCUAAUGAUGUUACAAUUUCAAGUGUUUUAUCAGUUUGUGCUGAGCUUUCAAACUUUCAUCUUGGUAUGGAAAUCCAUGGUUAUUCAAUAAGGUUUCUAAUGGAUAGAAAUACUUUGGUAGGAAAUGGGUUGGUUAAUAUGUAUAUGAAGUGUGGUAGUCUGCAGAAAGGGAACAAAGUAUUCAAAAGAAUAGGUAAAAAGGAUUUAAUUUCAUGGAACACAAUGAUUUCUGGCUUUGGAAUGCAUGGACUUGGUGUUAAUGCCCUGGAAAUAUUUGACCAGAUGGUUAGUACUGGAACUAAGCCAGAUGAAGUUACUUUUGUUGCAAUUCUUUCUGCAUGUAGUCAUGCAGGCCUUGUUGAUGAGGGGUAUAAAGUUUUCGAUCAGAUGAAGAAAGUGUUUGGAAUUCAACCGCAAAUGGAGCAUUACGCUUGUAUGGUAGAUCUUCUUGGUCGUGCUGGGCUAUUGCAGCGGGCUAGUGAAAUGGUGCAAAACAUGCCAAUGAAGCCCAAUGCCUGUGUCUGGGGAGCGCUACUUAACUCUUGUAGAAUGCAUAAAAACAUGGAAGUCGCAGAAGGAACCGCUGCUCAGAUUUUCAACCUUGAGUCUGAGAUGACGGGGAGCUACAUGUUGCUCUGUAAUUUAUAUGCUGUAAAUGGAAGGUGGAAGGACUCAGCGAAUGUGAGGAUAUCAGCAAAGACACAGGGCUUGAAAAAAGCUCCAGGGCAAAGUUGGAUUGAGGUGAAAAAGAAAGUUUACAUGUUCUUAGCAGGACAACCUAUGGAAUCAGAGAUGGAAGAUGUUCAUAUAAUGCUUAAUAUUCUUAGCCUUCAUAUGGCUAAGGAAGAACGCAUGCCCCAAAAGAGCUUUGCUUUGAAAUGUGCAGAAGAACAAGAAGACUAUCUGUAUUUGACAUCAUGAAAAAUUCUGUCUGUGCUCGAUACUGGAAAACUACGAUCUGAUCUCUAACCAUUUGCAAAACUUAUUUUAACAGCUGACCUCCCUUCCAACCUUUCUACGAGUAUUUUAUAUAUUUCACGGGUCAGCCAUAUACGAGUUUGCUGUGCAGUCACUUCAUUGCUCAGGCUUGAGUUGCCAUGUCGCAAAUAAUUGAUGAGCUUGCAGAGACGGAACUUAUAAAAGGAGCAAUGACAAAAGUUGGGUAGGGAGUCAUAAUUGGUCGCUGUAAGUAUGCCGAUUAUGUAACAUCUUAUACAAUUGGUAAUCGGAUGCCGUUGAAAUUGAAGUCUCAUUUAUUUUAAGGUUCACGUGAAGGAAAUGGUGUUUUUAAUGUGCUGGAAAUGGUGAAAAUGAUGAAGCUUGGCUUUCUAUAAACCUCUGCGUUUCACAAACAAGGAAGAAUGUGAAUAUGUAUCAAGACCAGUUACGUCAAAAUAGAAAAUAUACACUAUCACUAGCAUUUGACUCAUGAAACGUCAAGCCAAUCUGCAAAUAAUUUCUUGGUUUGCGAAUUUAUUAUCACAUGCCUAAACACAUGCAGCCUUUCAUUUGCAGUUGAGUGAUUCGUAUCAAUGAAUCAGAAUAGUGAAUGUACAUCACCACUAUCAUUUGACUCAUGAAAUCAGAAUAAAACCAUUUGGAUUCAAACUGCAUGAGCUUUAGGAAGAGUGAAGACCCCUGCAGACCAGUGGAAGCUAGUUUUGCAUACCGAUUGAUCGGUUGACACUUAAAAGAAAGGAAGAACAAAAAUAUACACCGCUCGUUGAGAGUUUGGGCAAAAUUGUGAAGUCAGUUGACUCUAAGAAAUUUCCUCUUGCGGAUCUCUCUACUACAAAAAUUCGGCGAACUACAGUUUGUGAAGGUAAACAGAGUAGCAGCACCUUUAGAUCUUGAUCUUCGAGGAUGUUGAAAGGAUUCACCCUCUUCCUUCAAUGGGACUCUGUUCCCUUGUUGAAUAGCUUCAUCAUUAUACAAUGAAUAAAUGUCAAAACUAUAUCCCAAAUAUAGAACGAAAUAAAGAGAGAAGGAGAAUUAUCCUUACUAUGCCAUAGUUAACACUAUUUUCUCUUUUAGUUUCAUUGUCUUUUCUCUUUAAUGACUACAUUAGAGUUAUUUGGGGAACAAAUAUUGAGUUUUGAACCGAGAUCAGCUUUUCUAGGUUCUAUAAUUGUGAAUAACAUUGUAUAUUGUAGAGUAUAUUACAAUGUGCAGAAAAUACUUUGAAAAUGCCAUGAAGAUCCAUCCAAAAAACCAUAGUCUAUUCUUUUCCCCUAAAACUGAGCAAGCUCUGAUAACAGAUCAAAGAUUUAUAUGUUGACCAAAUUCAUCAUUAGAUCUUUGAGCUCUCGAAAACUCAAAACCUCACACGAUUAAAUAAUCAAAGAAUAGGAACAAAGUACAAUUACUAACCUGUGUUGAUCAAAGGUUUGGUCAUGUUCGAAACUCAGGCCUUCUUCUCCGAAACCUGAAAUCCCCUCAAGAAUAGGCUUGAUAUUGUCGCAUGGGUCAUUAACAGAAAGUUGCUUCAUCAUGGAAUUAGGCGCUGAUGUAGACGUGGAUUCUUGUUCAUGCAAGCUCCAAGGGAAGUUAAUAUCUGCUAAAUCUAAUUGGCCAUCUUGAAUUUCAUCAUAUUGCUGAUCAUCAUCAGCUUGCUGACAACGAGGAUGAUUAUAAUAACUAUCAUGAGGAUGGUACUGAUCUAUAGCCUGUUGUUCAUAAGAAGAUGCAUUAUUAUUAUUAUUCACCAAAGUGUCUGCCUGAUUCACAACACCGUCACAAUUAUUAUUAUCAUUGAAUGAUUCCUGAUCAGUUGCAUGAUGAUCUCCUAAUAUCUGUUGUUCAGAUGCAGCAGCAGCAACAGCCUGUGCUCUGCAGUAGGCGAGCUGAUGAAGAACGAUAUCCAGCUCUGCUUUGCAAUAAUCGAUGUGGCGUUGCAGGUCUCUGAUGAUACGGUAACAACCACCAACAGGGUCGUUGGCGCGAACAUCAGAUUGGAAGAUGAUGGUUCGCAUGGCCUCGUCCUUGAGGGGUUGAUCAAGGUGGCGAAUGAUCUUGGUGAUGUUGCUGACCCCAAACAAUUUAUGGGCGUUGAGGAACUGGCGUUGGCGAUCGUGUGGGAAAUAAGGGGCAAGAACGCAGUCGGGGGCACACUUUCGACGUUGGUAUUUGCACGCAGCACAAGCUUGGCCAGCACCGCUGACACGUAAAAGAACGUUCUUAUUAUUGUCGUUGUUGUAGUUGUUAUUAUUUACGCGUUUAGUGUACUUAUGAUUGAGGUUGUGAUCAGUGAUGAAUGUAUGAGGAGGUUGGUGGUGGUGAAUAGGAAUAUUAUUGGGGGUGCUAAAGGAGGUCAUUUGA